AUGAAACGGUUCCUCUUUUCCUGGGGAGGAGGUGGCUCAGUCCAGGUGGCCACGAGUGCGGAUUUGGCAGCGGAGUUGAAUACAGACUUCUCCGCUGUCAUCGGCUCCGUGGAGAACAUCUUCAACAUCACCAAGGACCAGGCCCAACAGAUCCUCAACCGCAUGAACGCCGCCGCGGCGAAAUUCCAGAACAAUCCCCUUUUCCAGAAGAUCAAGAACAACCUCCAGGCCAUCGCUUCUGGAGUAAAUGGCAACGUCCAAGAUCUGUACGACCAAGUCGCGCCUCUCGUUUUCAGUCUCCGUUUGGCGCAGCUGUUCGGGACCACCGUCGAUACAAUCUUGAAACAAGGUCCUCAGCAGUUUCAAGCCUAUGCAUUGAUGGCGUACGAAGUCGCUAAUUCAGUGGUUCAGCAGGACCUCGCUCUCAAAAUGGCGAUUCUCCAAGCUGGCGCGGACACUCUCACUGCAAUCUACAAUCGAUUCAAUGCCGCCAACGAUAUCUUGAUCUCCCAGAACGGUGCAAAUGCGCUGGUGCAGAAAUUCCGAGACCUCUUCCUUGCCCUGAAGAAUGGAACGACCGACAAGGCAGACGAAGCAGCCAACCUCCUGCGACGCAUGAUGGAACUGGCCGCUUGUCGUUGGGACAAAGUUUGGCCGGACGUGCAGAGCUCCGUCCAGGGGUUCCAGUCGACCAUGAACACGUUCUGGAAUAAUCUGGUGUCACAGGCCAUGGCCAACAUUAACACCUUCACUGCCGCAAGCAAUAACUUUCUGAACCUUCUGAGCAGUACUGCCACGGGUAUCUUCGGAGGGAUCCAAUCGAUUAUUGGGGGUAUUUUUUCGUCCAUCUUGGGCUGACGAGCUGAUCGUUUCUCGAUGAACUGUUGCAGAUUCUGUCCCAUGUUGUGCCAAUAAAUAUGUAUCAAUGCAUUC